AUGGAAGGUGUUCAGACUGUGGACGUGAGCUGGCUUCAUCAUUCACAAAAAGACCAUUUAUCUCGCACAAAGUCAGUGUCAGCGAGCGACAAGCCUGGCGCCGAGUCAGAACCGCCGAUAUCUCAAUCUAAGUCGCACAGGAGAUCUCGCUCUAACAGCAACCCGGCACGCCCAACACCGCCACCCUCAGAACCGAAGCAAGCUCCCCGAAAUGACGCAUCGCCAGUACAAAACAAACCGCCACCAGUUGAAAAAAUCGAGGAGCCAAAGCCAUCUACGCCGUCUCCUAAACCCAUCGGCCGGCGAAACUCAUGGAUAUCCAGUCUGAGCUCAAAGUUUUCGUCUGGAUCUACACCACCGUCGCAAUCUAGUCUCAAGGCCAGUCCCGCAAGUCCCAAGACAACCUCGCCUCUCGAUACGCAUAACCCAUUCGGCGCCGCAUAUUCCCCGAAGGACAAGGAGGAAGAGAAGAAAGACGAUUCCAAUCCUUUCACUUCGUCGUCACCUAAGGGGCCAUCGUUCAUUCACAAUGCACUGCGCAAGUUCUCAUCUAACUCGGGUGGCUUGCCCAAGUUGAACCCCAAUGGCUCGAUCUGCCCGCGUCGCGUGAUGAACAUUGACCAAAAUCGACACCGAUGCAAGAUCGCAGACUUAAACCAGGCUAAACUCAACCGGGUUGCGUUCUGUGUGGAUGUUGAAAUCGCGGGUAUCUCUCAUCGGGACGAUGACGAGGAGGCCCCUCCAACGAAUCAAUUACGGCAGCCUCUACCUGAGUCUAAUAGCCACAAGUCUAAGAAGGCCGAUCUCAAGACGAAGGAACAAGACGAAGCUGGGGGUUUGAAGCAUCCCCAGGGUACAUUGGCCGAGAAGGAUAACGCAACUGAGCCUCCGGCUCCUGUUUCUGCUCCGGUUCCUGCUCCGGCCAGCGGUGAUGCGAAGAUUCAAUCUAGCUCUCCACCAACAAAUACCACCGGAAGCAAGCCAUCUACUGACCCCAUUCCCAGCGGAGAAGGGGCUGAUCCAUCAAGGAAGCAAGAGAAGAAGAAAAGGUCCGAGGCAGAGCGAAAAGAACGGAAGGAGAGAAAGCGAAGACAAGCAGUGGCGAAUGGCUCGGUUCCAUUGCAGCUCGAUGCAGAGAAUGACGAAGAGUAUUCCCGAGGUCCAGCACCAGCACCAGGUGCCCCUCGAUCCAAAACGCAAAGUCACCCAACAACCGAUCCAGUGCGGAUCUAUCGCCGUUGUUGCCAGCUACGUGAGACACCUGUUCUCAAGAGAGUUGUUGACGAGAUCUCCAAGCCUUCAUCAACACUGGCCGAGUCACCAGGCACGGUAGCAGCUUUGGAUCUGAGCAAUUUCCCGAUGACAUCACAGGACUUGGCAACAUUCAGCGACUGGCUCGCGGUCGUUCCAGUCCGUAAACUCAUCCUUGAAAAUUGUGUAUUGACGGAUGCUUCCGUGCGAGCCAUACUUUCAGCUCUACUUUCUACCAAGACGGUAGAACAGAUGCGCUAUCGACGGAGACGAUCGCGAAGACCGGAAUCUCCAGACUCCAAUGAUCAUGAACGAUACGGCGUUGUGGAAAAGCUUUCUCUGAAGGAUAACCCGAAGAUCGGACGGGAAGGAUGGCGCCACAUCAGUCUCUUUAUUCACCUCUCGAAAUCCUUGAAGGCCAUCGAUUUAUCGGGUAUUCCAUUCCCACAAGGACAGGUUGCGAUCGAUGGGUCUGGGACAACGGGCCAACCCCAGUCGCCUAUGGCCGAUGUGAGCAUUGUCUUCGCGAGUGCCCUGGCAGAGCGCUUUGCUGGGGAUCAUCUUGAAGAACUGCUCAUGAGCGAGUGUUAUCCUUCGGUGGACGCUGUAAAACAAAUCUGCCAGGCGACCACCAAAAUGGGUCUGCGAAGGCUUGGCUUUGCGAACAAUGGUCUGACGAGGGAUGGCCUGGAGCAUGUGGUUGAAUACCUCAAAGCGGGACAGUGUGAAGGACUGGAUCUAGGCGGCAACGCUAUAAAGGAUGAUCUCGAUCUCAUCACAGACGCGAUUGAACCUGAGACACCGCUUUAUGCGCUGAGUCUGGCGGAUUGCUCCCUCAAUCCGUCGGUUAUUUAUCCAUUGCUCCAGUCGCUUGCGCAGAUCCAUAAUCUCCGGUUUAUCGAUUUCUCGCACAACCGCGAGUUAUUCUCGUCCCAGCCUAACGCGCUGGGGGCUUUCCGUCGCUUCUUGCCAAAAAUGCCCUCUUUGAAGCGUUUUCAUCUCGCUGAUGUCACCUUAUCGCCGGAUCAUGUUAUUGGUCUUGCUGAGGUAUUGCCGGAGUGUCCCAGCCUGUGUCAUCUGAACAUUCUGGAGAAUCAACAGAUUGUGGAUCUGGCGUCAACCACAGAUCCCGUUGCUCAGGAAGAAGCAUGUGCUGUAUAUGCGUCUAUGAUGGCAGCUGUGCGUGUGUCAAGGACAAUCAUUGCAGUUGACAUCGAUGUGCCCAGCGCAGAAAACAAUGAAGUUGUCAAAGCUCUAGGAUCACAGAUUGUGGCUUACUCGCUGCGGAACCUUGAAGGUGGCGCUAUUGCAGAGGAGCUUUCGGGCUCUGCUUCUCCACUUGAGGAUGUCCAUGUACCAGACAUUUUGCAGCAUAUUGUCGGACAUUCUGUUGGUUCCGAAGAGCCUUACGAUGAUGAAGAUGAGGCGGCUCCCGACGAGGAUUAUGUUAUUGGUGGCACAGGUGUUGUCAAAGCAUUGGGUGUUUGUCUUGGGAACCUGGACCAACAUGGUCUCGAUGUCCUCGGGGAGCAAUCUUUACCCGCUAGUGGUACCACAACACCCCGACGCCGCAAGUCUCGAGGUGUUCCUACUAAGCGGCCUCGCGACAUGUCGAAGAAUCUGCUGGAAUCUGCGCGCAACAUUAGAGUCCGGAUCCAGUCGGCUCUUAUUCGCGAAGAUCGUGCUGGCAAUGACGCGAACUAUCGCCGCCUGCAAUUUUUGGACAUGACCUUAGCUAGGAUGAUCCAGCGCUUUGAAGAUGAAUACCCAGAAACUCGUAUUAUUCCUCAACUCCCGCCCGCUGUUCCAGUUCCUGACACCAUCUCCCAACACUCCGGUGAUGACGAUGGAAAUGGCUCCAUCACAGCUGGCGGUAAUUUGAACAGCAGUCAGCUUGAUGAGACUGGCGGCGACGAGGAAGACACCGAUCAAUAUGCGGUCCGCCUUUCUCGCACCAGCUCUAUGACUUCCCUCCACUCCCGGGCCAUGACCUCCCAAGAAGGACACAUUCACCGCAUUGGCCAGAACCUCCGCCGUGACUUCCUCAAACCAUCUCUAGUCCCUGGCGACGGCGACGAAGAUUUUGACUAUGACGACGAUAAAUCACGUAUUGCCGCUCUCCGGCAAAAGCUCGAUCUUCUACAUGACGAGCAGUCUUUGUGUCAAUUUGAUGACUUUGAUGCCGACAUGGCCUUUAACCAUCUCGGAACCACCGUCGAUGACCUCUAUGAUUCUCAGAAACAAGAUGCCGAAGGAUUCGAGCGUUUCAAGCAAUCCCAGAUUGCGGCCCAGAUCAACAGUGGUAUCCGUUCCAGGGAUAAUUCUGAACUCCGGACAGGCUCCGAAGCAGAGAGCAAGUCCCCGUCUUAA